UCUCUGUGACUGCCAUAUUUUUCUAAAAUGGCGCUUUGAGACAAGACGAAGUAAAAAUAGUGCAUAAAUUUUUAUAAAAUAACAACGAAAUUGCUAAUAAAAUUUGUUAAUAUUUACAUAAAACGCAAGUGUAAAUAGUGUUUAAUAUAUAAUAAUGGAAAAAAGCAAGAAAUUUCCUAAAUUAAUUGGGAAAAUUCUAUAGCAAAAAAUGACAAUUAAAAGUGUUGGACGUGAUUGAUGAUAGACAAUUUAACAAGAAGAACGCGAUACACAUACAUACACAAACACCUUCAACAUACAAUACAACAAUAAAAAAAGACCCCAAAUAAAAAAAAGAAAAGAAAAAAAAAACGAAACGGAAAAAGAGGAGGACAAGUACAAUUUUCAUUUAUGUAGUAGAAGAAAAACGUCAAAAAAAGUUUGAUAGUAAGAAAAAAUUUACACAAAAAAUAGAAAAAAAUAAGGGAGCCAAGACGGCGGGCAGGUUAUUUUUGUUAAUAAAAUCUAGAAAUUUUCAUUUUUCUUAUUGUUUUUGGAGUAAAUAUUAAUAAAAUAGUUUUUCUGAGUGUUGCAGUAGAGAAGAGUGUGUAUAUAAAAAGUUUUGUGUUGUUGCAAAAAGCGUGAGUCACCAUGGACCCAAAUUCGAGUCCCUGGCCUUAUGCCUACAAUCGCAUAGUACCAGCGGCCAGUAGUACAACGUCGGCUGAAGAUUUUCAACAUCCGCACUUGGCCUCGAGUGCCCAGUCAUUACUCUUGCAGGCGGCUCAUUCUAAUAUUGCGGCAAAUAUUGCAGCCGGUGGCGGUAGCUUUGUAUCGCCCUCACCCAUCAGUGGCUACAAUCCAGUUUUCCAACAAAUCUAUCAUCAUGCGGCCGCUGCCAGUGCUGUACAACCAAAACCUGCCCAUUAUGCCUCGUCGGCUGUUAAUACACCACAUCGCCAAUUACAAAUACCCGCCACUUUGGAUAAACAAUUGACCUCAUUCCAAAAUCAAGCUGCUAUAGCUGCCGUCUCCUCGGCAGCAGCCGCUGUAGUCAAUAAUGCUGCAGCCGCCACAAAUUAUUAUGGUGAGAAUUCAUCUUCAAGUGGUGCUUCACCAUCGCCCACCACCUCGACCAUAACACCGACUACGCUGAGUUGGAAUACACCAACAAUGAUAUCAAAUACCUUUUUGGCCAUGCAACAACAACAGCAGCAGCAACAACAGCAACAGGCUCAGCAACAGCAACAACAGAGUCAACAGCAGCAGCAACAUCAGCAACAACAACAGCUAAAUCUAGCUGCGGAUAAGGUGCAAAUCAAACAAGAAAAUACACAAUGUACUAAGGCUCAAGUAAAAGCCUACAAUGAUUUGUUAUACCUCACACAAUUACAACAACAGCAACUGCAGCAGCAACAACAACAGCAGCAGCAACAACAACAGCAACAGGAGGAAGAGGAGACUACAUAUUAUACCAUAGAUGGUAAACACUAUAAAAUAGUACGUAAAUCCCAACAACAGCCACAACAGCAACAACAACAACAACAGCAAGUAUUGCAAAUAGAACAGCAACAUCCUAGUCCUGCAUCUUCGACCACCACCCAACAACAAUAUCCUGUUUAUGCCAGUCCAGCUUUAAGUUCGACUGGUAAUUCUUCACCAGCCUUACAUGCAAAUGUUAAUAAUAACAACAACAACAACACCACCACCACCCCACCGCAAGUUAUUGUUUAUAAAACAACUACUGGCUCAUCAGCCGCCGCCGAAUCGCCCAUAGCACGUCGUACAACACAUGUUGCAAACGCUGGUUCGCCUGCAACAUCUUCGAAUACUGUUGCUUAUUCCUCUGUGAUACAAAGCACUCUACAGCAACAGCAAUUGCAGCAACAGCAACAUCAACAGCAACAACAGCAGCAGCAGCAUCAACUGAAUCUUUGGAAAAUAGAAGAUGCUGCUCAACAAGAAGAAGAUGUUAAAAAUGUUUUACAAUUACAGGUUAAACAAGAACAUCAAAAUCUAGACUAUCACUCCUCUUUAGGAGGAGUGGUUGGAGGAGGCGGCGGUUUAGUAAGCGGUAAUGUUGUUAUGAGUGAUAAUCUUAUAUUUAAUUUACCACCCGGUUUGGAAAUUAAACAAACUUCGGGUCUUAAUGUUUGUAACAAUAAUUCGCCACAUUCUCCCUCAGUCUUGCAACAUACUCAACAACAGCAUCAGCAGCAGCAACAACAAUUAUUAGCCCAGCAACAGCAGCAACAACAUUUAUAUAAUGAACAAAAGUUGCAGCAGCAGCAGCAACCUGACAAUAAACGUCGCCAGCAUAUGAUUGCUAACAUGUUAAUGUCUCCUUCUCAUACCACCAACAACAACAACAACAAUUCUUCGUCUAACAAUAAUAACAAUACAAAUAAUACUUCGUCUACUUCUACGUCGUCUUCCCACCAUCACUCUACGGCCACAACGUCACAGAUUCAAAUAAAUUCUAAGGCCCAAGAGGAAAAGCAUCAGCAACAGUUGGUGGUAACGAAAUCGACUAAAACACCACGCAAGAGACAGCCAAAAAAGACGCUUAUAACAAAUGAUUAUGAAUCGCAACAAAGUCCACAACAACAGCAAGAAACUACAACGGCAAGUCAUCAUCAACAGCAGCAGCAGCAUGUGCAACAGCAGCAACAACAACAACAACAGCAGCAACAACAGCAAUCGACUUAUUAUGAUUUUAAUAAUAAAUGGAAUACCACGGUAUUGAAAACAGAAAAUAAUACCACAACACCAGCGGUACAGGUGCCAGCUAUAAAUAUACCAACAUACGUAAAUCCUCAUACGCAACAACAUGCUCAACAGCAGCAACAGCAGCAGCAACAACAGCAGCAGCAACAACAACAGCAACAACAACAGCAGCAACAACAGCAGCAGCAACAACAACAGCAGCAACAGCAACAAACAGUGGCACAUCAACAGCAACAGCAGCAAGUACCACAACCUGCUCACUUGCAGUCUUCACAAGCCCAAUCACACUUGACUAAUCUGACUUCGUAUUAUCCAAAUUUCACACAACAAAUUGCCUCACAAUACACAGCUUGUAUGCAACAGACCGCUGCAGCUGCCGGAGCAAUACAACACACACUCUACAAUCUCAAUCAGCAGCAGACGGCGGCUGCGACGGCCUCAUCUGCCACAGCCUCAGCGUCGUCACACCAACAACAACAGCAGCAGCAACAACAGGCCGAGGAACAACAGCAACAGCAGGCCGCUCAGGAAGCCGCCUCCAAUAAAGUCAUCGUGCCCAAUAUCGAAGAAGAAUUGGAAUUCCUAUCGGAUACAACACCCAAGCAGGGCUAUGCCAGUGCCAGUGAAACAUCAGCAGCCGGAGCGCGCAAUGCCAACUCCACAACAAAACCAACCAAUAUUGGCAUCUACAAUCCACACAGUGUAGCCGCCGAGGCGGCGAACAAAGCUGGCAUCAAAUCGAAUGCCACAGCUGGUGUGGGGGGAGUGGCUGGUGCCACCAACUCAAGUGCGGCAAAUCAUAGUAACGCCUCGGCUGCUGCUGGCGGUGGGGCAGCGAAUGCGGCUGGGUCUGCGUCUUCGACUGCUUAUGUACCGCCCGAAAAGAAGCCCGUUGUGGGCACCUCGAUCGGCGAGAAGAAGACCCAAUUCAUGGACAGUUAUUUGAAGUUCUUGCAAGGCGAUAGGGAGGAGGAGACAGCCUCUACGGCGAAAGGCGGACGCAAAAACAAUUAUCAGAAGACGUCAGGUGGUGCCGGCGGCGGAGGUGGUGGUGGUGGAGGAGGUGGUGGUGGAGGUGGAAAACGUAAACAGCAACAGACACAGCCCACAUCGGAGGAGGCUGCCAUAGCGGCGGCUCAUAUUGCAGCGAUGGAUGGACAGAGUGGUCAUGCUGGUAUGCUGACCGGCGAUGAUGGUCAUCAGAUAAAGAUCCUAUCGCAGACACAAAUUUUACCUAAAAAACGACCACAUGCACAAAUGCAGGCUGCUGCCGCAGCUGCAGCAGCAGCACAAUCUUCAUCGUCCGGCUCAAAUUCGCAUACAGGUACUUCGGUCAUCCAGCAACAUCCCCAGCACUCGGAACAACAGCAGCAUCAGCAGCAGCAGGCGCAACAACAGCAACAACAUGAGCAAUCAUUCCGUCCCUAUGGACAACAUCAACAGCAGCAGCAACAACAACAGCAGCAACAGCAUCAUCAACAGCAGCAGCAUCAUCAACAGCAACAACAACAGCAGCAGCAACAACAGCAACAACAAUAUUGUGCACAAUUAGGUUUCGGUUCAUCGGCCGUAGCAGCUGCUGGCUCCAGUCAAGAUCCUUUAAAUUUACCACCUAGGCGUGAACAAUGUUUACGCAAGGCUAAAACAAAUAGUAUUGCUGCUGUAUUGGGCACCAACACCAACGCUGUUGCAACCGAGGAUGCCAUGGCGGAACCUGAUGAAUUUGCAGACUCUGAUACAGAUCCCGUUUGGACACCACAAGAAGAUGAUAGCCAAGAUAGCAAAGGAUUUAAGCGUAAAAUAGCAAGACGUACUAAAAGUUCACCACGUAAACAUUAUAAUCAACAACCACAACAGCAACAACAACAACAACAGCAGCAGCAACAACAACAGCCGCAGCAACAACAACAGCAACAUCAACAGAGCCAACAACAACAGCAGCAGCAAUCGAAUGCCAUUGUUAACAAUGAUGGUUAUACCUUGAAUCAUGAUAUUGCUAGCACUUCAGCGAGUUAUACAAAUUCAUCAGGCGCUGGCGCCGCUUCUGAUAAUUUUAAGACCGGUGACUUUAUAGUUUUACGUUCAGAUUUAGUUAAUGAUUGGCCCACCAUUUGGCAGGUAGAUUCCAAAUGUAUUUUACAAAAAUACGAACCUUUCUAUCAAAAUGGUAAAAUGUUUUAUCGCAAUAUGUCCAAGUAUGCUUCCUGGAAUUUGGAAACAAAAAAAUUAUAUUUAAAAGCUCCUGUACGCAUACAAGUACAGUCACACACCGAAACCAUUGUUGAAUUUUUACGUUCCGAACUAUUGGCCGAUGAUACUGAACAAUUUAUAGAGAAAAUCAUGGAGGAAUAUCUUUCGUAUCGUGAUCAUUUCGAAAUCUAUAUACAAACUAUGAUCUCACAGGUUCUAGAUCCUAGUUUCUUUUCGGAAAUUACACGCGAGAAAGCCUUUUCAGAUGAAUAUUUCCUGGGUAGUGUACGUGCUAUCGAUACCAUUAUGGAUAAUUGUAAACGUAAACUACUAUCGAUUACACCCUGGACACGCAGCAUUAUAGCCUCUAUAGAAACCUGGCCCAAGUGUCAUGUCUUUACUGAAUGGGGCCAAAAUAAUUUGACACAAAAGAAUUGUGCCGGUUGCCAUCAACCGGGCAUAUCGGUGCGUUUUCUUUUAUUUGGUCACACCUAUAAUUCGAAUACUAUGCAAUCAAUACCCACAGAUGCACGUAUAACUUAUGAAAAGGAUAUUUUACUUUGUCGCAUUUGUGCCGCACGUGCUGAUAUAUUCCAUAAAAUUGCUCAUGAAAAAUAUAAUUUAUAUAUCAAUUGUUCUCGUCGUGUUACUGAGUUACAACAAGAGAAUCCCAGCAAGACAUCAACAGAAAUUCUUAAUGAUUUACUAGCCGAACAUAAUUGGAUAGAUGAGCUUUUUCGCAAUAUGCGCAAUUCUUGGGCCGAAGUUGAAAGUCUUGAAAGACAAAAACGCUUUAGAGAGGUAUCACAAUAAGUUGAUGAAGAAGGAUAAUAAUUAAAAAAUUUAAAACACAAUUGUGACUUUCUAAUAAAAAUUUAAACAAAACACAUACAUACUCACAAUGGUCGUGUGUGGAUUAUGCUACAUAUUCCUUGCAAUAUACAAACAUGAAAAUAAUAAUAAGAAUAAUUUAAACAAAAAUAAUCUUAAAAAAUAAAAAACAAAAGGAAAAUUCAAAA